GAAGAUAUAAACGUAGACGCUGGGAGUUUGGGACAAGCUGGUCCCCGUGGUUUACGUAUUAUGAAUAUAAUUUAUCGUGAAGGGAAAACGAGUCUUGUCCACAGACUGAAAGCGUCUCUUACUGUUUCCAAGUCUUUCAGCGCUUUUCUGAAGUAAACUUUUUUUUAAAUUUUUUUUUUCACCUUUCUGCGCACGUUGUAAACUCAGAGUUUUGCCUCAUUUGUGUUUGACACGGUGCUGCUCGUCUUCUCUGACAUGAAGAGCUCUUUUGGCUUUUGGGGAAUCGCCCUUUCCCUCCUUUUUGACUUUAUCAAUGGAAAAACCGUGGCGACCCCAGGAGGCUGUGGGAGCUCGAGUCCAGGUUGCAAAGAUUUAUGCGAUUUUUGUGACGACACCGGAUACAGAUACACGCGCUUGUCCUGCUAUGGGUCAAUACUCAACAUUUUCUGUUUAGAAAAGUUGCUUUCCACUAUAAGCGCUCUCAACGCCACAGAUCUGUGCACGUGGGAAUACAUAAGAAGGCCCUACAGCAGCUUCUCAGAAUGCACAGAGGAGAUGGCAAACUGCCUGCAGAUCCCCUGGCCCAACCAACUGGUGGAGGACACGUUUGUGGAUAUUCAUGCUACCUACUUCAAGGCCUGCCAUUCAAAGGAGUUUGAAGACCCCCCUCCUGGAGUCAUAUUUGCCUUGGUGAUAACCCCAAUUUGCCUCAUUCCUGCCAUGGUUGUCCUUGUGGUUCUGAAGACAAAUGAAAAACGGCUACCUCGUAGCCUUGUGAAUUCUCCCCAUCAUUGCCAACACAUCACCAAAAGUGCUAAACACAAAGGUACUUAAGAGAUCAUUGGGGUGGUAAUGAGACAGAUAGAUUGCCUGUUUCUAAGCCACAAUUUCUAAAACUGUACUGAAAGGAAUUUCAAUAAAAUGUUUAGAUAUAGACGCAAUGAUUUUUAUGCACAUUUUUUACACAUAUCUGUCACAUCCCUUGUGUUACUGGCUGUUUAAACACCAAAACAUGAUAAUGCCACUUUGCUUGUGUCAUUGUUAACACGGCAGGGAUAAACUGCAAAGUUCAGGGUCACCUUGCAUACGAAACAUGAUUCAUUCCUUAAGAUCUGUUCACAUGGUGAAUUCUGGGAGAUGGGUAAUGGGGGAAAAAAUAAUUAAUGCAUUCAUGAGUUACAAAAUGUUCACCUAUUUUUCAUCAAACAUGCUAAAUUCUUGCCUUAUGCAUUUAAAAAUGGAGGAAAUUUAAUUCAAAACCAAGUAAUGAAUAUCAGAACCACACAGCAUACUUCUAAAUCCAGGUUUGAGAGCCACUUGUUCAAAAAUUGUUUCUAUAUAAUGCAUUUACAUGCUACUUCCUUUCCCCCUUGAAUGUUAGGCCUUGCUUCAAUAUUAUUUUCUUUGUCGGUUUGCUUUAUUCUUUUGUUCUUGGACAGCACAGUUGCACAGGAGCUGCCUUACAGCUCUGAUUUGGAUGUGAGCUCAAAUCUGGCAGGUUCUGGGCAGUUUGUGUAUGUUACUCCAUUUGUGUGGGUUCCUUUCAGGUGCUCUGGUUUCCUCCAAUAAUGUAAAGACAUGUGUUUUAGUUGGAUAUAAUGUUUAUGUGAUUGCGCUGCAAUGUAAUGGCUUCCUGUCGAGGGCCUUAUGCUUCAGGACAACUGAAGUUUUUUCAAACAAAAUUUCAUGAGAAAAGUAUUAACUCAAAGACCUGGUCACGCCUAGUUGUCACUCAUGUACAAGACAUAUAUAAAUACUCAUUGAGCUUCACACUUCACAUGCACCAUUUUCCAGAAACCCACCCCUCCCUUCUUCCGCCUCCCUCUGUGUAGAACAGGCUCCAAACAGGGGCUCCACCAACCUUUUUCGAUGGCGGGUGUGAGCCCUCCAGUGGACUCUAAUCCCCACUGGAAAGAAUACCAAACAUCCGCUCAAACACAUAACCAUCUAAUUCUAUUAACCCCUCAAAUGUUUAAUGGGUAAUAGAUUUUUUUGUUCUUCUAUUGUUGA